AUCAGCAGGUUAGCCAUGCCACCAUUUGGUCCUGCUCUUUUGAUCCUUCUCUACUUCACUUCGCUUGCCACUUCAUGCACCGAGCAGGAGAGGAGCUCCUUGCUCCAGUUCAACACUGAGCUCUCCUAUGACAGUGGCCUCAGCAGUUCAUGGGAGAAUACCAAAGAUUGCUGCAAAUGGGAAGGAAUCACUUGCAGUUCAGAUAUGACUGUCACCGAUGUCUUCCUAACUUCUAGGAGCCUUCAGGGGCACAUCUCAGUGUCCCUUGGCAACCUUACCAGCCUGCUGCACCUGAAUCUAUCCCACAAUUUCUUAUCCGGGAGCCUACCAAUGGAGCUGGUGUCCUCCAAAAGCAUUGUUGUCCUAGAUGUCAGCUUCAACCAACUCAAUGGAGAUCUGCAGGAGCUACAAUCUUUAGCCCCUGUGUCCUUUUUGCAGGUAUUGAACAUCUCAAGCAACUUGUUUACUGGGAGGUUUCCAUCCACUACAUGGGAGGUGAUGAAGAGUCUGGUUGUGCUCAAUGCAAGCAACAACAGCUUCACCGGGCAGAUACCAACUACAUUCUGUGUCAGCACACUAUCCUUUGCUGUACUUGAACUUAGUUACAACCAAUUCAGUGGAAGCAUCCCACCAGAGCUCGGCAAUUGCUCCACGCUGAAAUCUCUCCAUGCUGGCCACAACAAACUCAGUGGGACUCUUCCAGAUGAGCUCUUCAAUAUUAACUCAUUGGAGCACCUCUUCCUUCACAAUAAUCAGUAUGAAGGAUCACUCAUAGGCAUUGGCAACCUCACUAAUCUGGUCACACUUGAUCUUGGAGGGAAUGGACUAUGCGGAAAUAUCCCGGAGUCCAUAGGUGAGCUCAAGAGACUAGAAGAGCUCCAUUUGGAUGACAACAGCAUGUCCGGAGAGCUUCCAUCAACUCUGAGCAAUUGCAAAAAUCUCAUAAUUAUCGACCUUAAGAGCAACGAUUUCAGCGGAGAACUAACCAAGGUCAGUUUCUCCAAGCUUCCCAAUCUAAAAAUUUUAGAUGUUGUGUGGAACAACUUCACUGGAGCUGUUCCAGAAAGCAUCUACUCAUGCAGCAAUCUAACUGCACUGCGGCUAUCCAGCAAUAGGUUCCAUGGGCAGUUGUCAGAAAGGAUUGACAAUCUGAAGUCCCUCUCGUUCCUCUCUAUUGUUAACAACUCCAUAACAAAUAUCACAAGGGCACUUCAGAUCCUUAGAAGUUGCAGGAGCCUAACCACCUUACUAAUUGGGAAAAACUUCAUGGACGAGGCCAUGCCAGAGGAUGAUACAUUUAAUGGUUUUGAGAAUCUUCAAGUACUUUUUAUAAAUGACUGCUCAUUAUCUGGUAAAAUACCACUCUGGUUAUCAAAGCUUACAAGUUUGGAGAUGCUAGCUUUAUAUAACAAUCAACUAACAGGUACAGUACCAGACUGGAUCAACAGCCUCACCUUCCUCUUCUAUAUAGACAUAUCAAACAACAGCCUUACAGGGGAAAUUUCAACAGCCUUAACAAACAUGCCAAUGCUAGAAACAAACAAGGUUGCACCAAAGUCCUUUGAGCUGCCUAUUUAUCUGGCCCAAUCACUUGAAUAUCUUAUCCUCAGUGCUUUCCCUAAAAUGCUGAAUCUAGGUAACAAUAACUUGACUGGUGUAAUCCCUAAAGAAAUUGGUCGGUUGAAAGCACUCAUAUCACUCAAUUUGAGCUCCAACAAAUUAACUGGAACAAUCCCACAGUCGAUAUGCAACCUCACAAACUUACAGAAGGUGGACCUAUCUAGCAACCAUUUAACAGGUGCAAUUCCAACCUCGUUAAACAAUCUGCACUUUCUUUCUCAAUUCAACAUCUCUAACAAUGAUCUGGAAGGGCCUAUUCCAUUCGUCGGCCAGCUUAGCACAUUUCCAAGUUAUAGUUUUGAUGGAAACCCAAAGUUGUCUGGCCCUAUGAUUGCUCACCACUGCGAUUCAGCAGAAACAAUUCAAUCCAAAAAACAAACUGGCGAAAAGGAUGAAAAGGUCAUCUUUGUGAUUGCCUUUGGUGCAUUCUUUUGUGUAGGGGUGCUGUAUGAUCUGACAGUGAUAUCAAGGUUUCUUGGCUAA